CUCAAACCUCCACGCCGUUUCCAACGCUUCAUCAUGCAAAUCCUGAGACGGACGAUGAUCUGUAUGAUGGGACUGGCAUCACAGUAUGCAGUGAUGUGUGUGUGGAGUGCUGUGUAUGUGAGACCGCAGGAUCCUCCGUCACUGAAUCCUCAUAGUCAUACACCACAAUGUUUCAUGAUUGGAGAUGGCCCGUACUUUAAAUGUGAUUACGAUACCAACCCAAAGUCAUCGACUGCAGUUCCCAAGUCAGAUCCCACGCCAGUCAUCAAUCCAACAUCUACACCUGUGGAAUCAAGUACAAAGAAACCAAAACCUGACACAAUCACACCUACAGUGCAUCAACCUUCAAAUUCACCGGAUGAGACAAAGUUCACGACCGAAAUUCCCACACAGAGUCCCACGAUAGUGGACGAAACCGUGCAUAAAAACCAGGAAGACGGACAGAACAACACUGGAUGUCCUACCUGUGCCUCAGACUGCAUGGGUAUACACACCGUGUUCCUGUUAGCGGUGUGUGGCGUCCUGAUGCUAAUCCUGGUCACACUGAGCUUCUGCCUGUAUAAACAGUGCAAGAAACAACCAGUGGAGAACCUACACCUAACCAGGUUAAUCUCCAUCCCCAAUCCAGCGUUUAUCAACCCAUAGGAAAGAACAGAAGAGUUCAGCA